CAAAACAAAAUCACCCCUAAAAAAGUGAUUUUUCCGAAGUCUGAUUGCGGCCAUUUUUCAUAUGAAAGUUCAAAGACCCAGGGAGUUGAUCCUGGCAACGAUUUACACAAUCUCACCGUUUUGGGGGCCAAGCAAUCUCCUUUUUCAAAAAAUACUGUGGGGGGCACUUUUAAUGCUAAUGAACUGGUCAAAAAUUCUCACUUGAAUUUGUGGUCUGCACCCUUGACAACCGGAUGAGCGCCCUCAUCGACAGGAAACCACGCUAAGCGGCCCCCAGUACACAACUUCGUAAACCGAAGGCCACUCCGGCAAAGUGCGCGACACAGACACCACAAAACGGCGAGAACACCACCAGAAGAAACGACACCGUGGACCAAUCGGCUUCUGCAUCUCUGUCCAGAGGCCAAAUAACAUUUGUCUUUCCGAUAUUGGUGCCGACAGUCAUUAGGAACGUCGAGAAACUUCUGUAGCUAAACAUCUAAUUCUGAUGCUACCCGAUGCUGCCACAAUUGGGUCCGUCUUCUGAAAGCAAGUCACCAUAGAGAAGUUGUCGCUGGCUACUGCCAGAGAGGAUUCUGAAGACAAAAACCAUGGCGAUGAUGUACAAUGUCAUGUAUUCUUCGGGAGUACCUUUGGUUCCUUACUUCUCGAUGUCAUCGAGCUAUGUACCUGCCCAAUGCACGGGCCAGGCUUCUUACCCUCUUCAUUCUCCGAACAUCAGACGAGAAGAGUUGCUCUUGAGCGGCUACAAGAGAUUAAACUGUCCCAUGGGCAUACUUACCGAUCUACAAUCACCUACUGACUACCGAGUCGAGCAGGCAAUAGACGGCGGCAGGAGCGUCCCAUUUACGAAGCUGCGGGCUGAGGGUUGUUCAUCUGCUGCCGGAGGUACAGCGGUGACUGAUGCAGGUUGCGACCGGUCCCGGUCCCCCUCAGCCCAGGAAAAGUAUCAACUCAAAUUUGGCAUCGACAAGAUUCUUGGAAACCUUACAGCAGAAGGAACAGAAAAGAAGACAGCUGUUGAUACAAUUGAGACAGUACCCCGACAGUCGACUAGCGUUUACGACACUAAUGGACACAUCAGCGAACGUACGAGCCAAGCAGUCACCGGCAACGGAUGGCUGAGCAGCAGCCUUGGAGCUCCAAGCCCUACCUACACCGAGCGGAGCAGCACCGCCAAUCACGCGCGGCUCCAAAUGCCACAUCUACCGCCCAAAUACGGCUCCAUGAGUGAUUACUGUCAGGGGUGUUACCAAGACAAAUCAGCAAUGGUACAUCAAAGAUGCGAGCCGUGGCGGGCAUACGUCCCGUACGCCUACCGCCUGGAUCCCAACCCUCCCUAUGCCGCCAAGGAGUCCCGACUGUCCCAGCUCGCACACCCAUCGCAGCAGGCCCACACAGCGACCGACACUAGGCCGACCGGACGGAGGAAGCGCAGCUGGUCGCGGGCAGUCUUUACCAGCCUGCAGCGCAAGGGGCUGGAGAAACGAUUCGAAAUGCAGAAGUACGUCAACAAACCGGACCGGCGGCAGUUGGCCGCGGCUCUUGGCCUAACGGACGCACAGGUGAAGGUUUGGUUUCAAAAUCGGCGGAUGAAGUGGCGACACUUCCAGCGCAUGCAAAAACAACAGCAGCAGGCUGCCGACACGUCGUCCACGGGUGCCGGGACGCGCCUGACGGAUGAUUGCAGUGACACGGACGAGGACGUACUGACCGAGGAGCGCGGCGCAGUACCGGUAGGUAGCAAGGACGACGUACGAGAACGGGAUGGAUUCAUGGUGGACCACCGCGAGUUGGUAAAGGAGAGUCGCUCCUCCAUUGGUGCUGGAGUGAUUGUCGGCGUACAGGCUUAACAUCAAGUUCGUGCGCGCACCUGUCUGUGACCCAGUGCACUUUAGGGGUGUGUCCAUAAAAGACAAUAUAAUUGGGCAUUAUUUUGAGGGCAACCGAUUUAAGUCUGUUACCAAACAAAAGUCCUGUGGUUUAAACCACACUGCCGCCCAUGAAAAAGUGAAUAGAAAUAUACUUGGCAACAAAUAUGAUGGGCACUAAAAUGCAAUUGCAUUGACAAAAAAGGGAGACCCAUCCCUAGAUUCAUUUUGGAAACGACGGCCCGUCAACUUUAAACGCUGAGCCCCAAAGGCGAUACUGUUCAUAUUUCUAACUUCUCUUGCCUUAAAUGUAUACGGUACCGCAAAGCAGACAAACAUCCUGUUAUAUGUAAACAUUAUGAACCAACAAGUAUUAAACGUUGAACUUUUGUACAUUUUGUGGCAAUGCAGGUACUUAUAUACUUAUUUUAAAAUUAUGUCCACAUUAUUGCAGCUUAUUGAAUAAAAUGAUUUUCUGAGAACACGAUGUGGGAAAGCGACAUUUCUGUCUAGAACGUAACCUUGAAUCAGCUGCAAUAAACUCAUUUUUCUUUUAAUCUUUAAA